AUGGAUCGGCUAUCCUCUCAGGGAGACACCAUCGGUUAUGGCAGCCAAGACGAGGAGAUGACAGCAGUUUUUGAGGAUUCACCAGGGAGUAAUGACGAUGAGGAAGGAGCCCAGCGGAUUGGUAAAUCGGCAGCAGCAUACAUUAGACGAGGCAAGAAAAUCCUGACCAACGACAUGUGGAAUGUUGUUGUUUGCGACGAAUGCCACCACAUCAAAAGUUUUGGCACCAGGGCCAAUGAACUAGUUCGAAAGCUUGACCGGGAGACUUUGCUUCUCGUAUCGGCUACACCGUUGCCUAACCACAAAGGCGACGCUACAAAUGCCGAUACUUUCUUUGGAGAUCUAGUAUAUGACAGCCUCUUUGAUGAGUCUGUCGAGCUUGAAGUUGAGGAGCCCCUUACACUAAACCGUGUUCUCCGUGGCAGAGUUAAAAAGACAUCUCAGCUAUCGCCAAGAGAACGCCGUCGAGCCAUGGAGUACAAGUCUGCGGUAUAUCGCCGUUCGUCAUUGGCUUCUACUGAUGUCAACAACGUCAAGCUCACGAACCCCUCAGCAAGACUCCUGCAGCGGCUAUCUGAUCUUCAGCAAGGCGCUCUGGACAUGGAUGCGUCCGGCCGUCCAGAGUACCAGAGAUGCAAGGAAGCUCGAAAGGCACGUUCAAACCCAAUUCUGGCUGCAGGACACAAAGAGGUUGACCGAGUUGCCCUUUUUGAUACUACCGGUGGCCUACAGUGGAACUUUUACAACACCCGUGAGAGUCAAAAGCUUGGCUUUCCGCCAGAUCGAGUCAAUCAGGUGAGAUACGUCGCUCGGGACUCUCCCAAGUAUGUAUAUACGGUUCUUGAGGCAUUGGAUGCACAAGCCAAAGGCGAGCGCUUAUUGGUAUACGUAAACAACCCUUUAGCAUCCCAAAUGGUGAAUGCUUUGCUCGUGGCUGCGGGUGUCCCUACCCUUCACUACAUGAGCCGGCAUUCCCAAACAGAGCGCGACCACGCCGUUGAAGCUUUCAAUAAUCCAGCUACACCUUACAUCUGCCUAGUGACGUCGCUGCAGCUCUCAGCCUUUGGCGUCAAUCUCCACCAGGCGUGUCAUCGCGGCUUGAUUCUAGAGCAACCAAUAAGCCAAGCAAUCCUUCUCCAAGCUCAAGGUCGACUCUGGCGUAUCGGGCAAAAACAUGAUGUUCAUUGGAAAAUCCUAUACUCUAGAGACUCCUUCGAUUGUUUCAUCGAGGCGUAUAAUCUUGAAAAGUAUGCUACAAGUCUGGCGGCUGAGAGCGGCAUUGAUCCCAGGAUCAAAGGAGAAGCAAGGGCCAUAUGCGCAUUCGAUAUCAUGCGACAGCAUUUGGGCCAGUCUUGCUCCAGGUAUAGCAGGGGUCGUGUAGUAUGGAGUCAGAUGGACAGCCGUGAGCUGGAGCUCGAAGGGUUCUUCUAUUCUGCACUUGCACAGUACUUUUUCAAAUACCCUGGCAAGUCUGACUUGGUCGGGAAACAUAACGUCAAGCACAUCGCCAAAGCAUGGGAAAUAGGCCUUGAAAUCACCCCAAGAAUGGUUGGAUCUCCAACACCUCUAGAUGAUGGAUUAGUUCUGGAUGGUUACAAAGAAGCAGAUGAUGAGAAUACUGCUCCUCGCAAGACCAUUCCCCACGGAGGGAGGGGGGUGGAAGGGACGGACAUUGGGGACUGA